GUGGAUCAUUGUAUUCUUUUAGAAUAUUGUUAUAUUGCCUCUUCGCGAGGAGUGAUUGUAGCCGCUGAUAUACGCGACAGUGAAAUACCUUUUUAUCUGGAUGGAAACUAUGUUGGCUUCCAGAUCGGCGAGGGUUCCGAAGUGCGCGAGAUGCCGGAACCAUGGGAUGAUAUCCACUUUAAGAGGACACAAGAAACAAUGCAUCUACAAGAACUGCUCCUGUGCGAAGUGCGGAUUAAUCAAAGAGAGACAACGGAUUAUGGCUGCACAAGUGGCGUUGAAGCGACAGCAGGCGGCAGAAGACGCUAUAGCUCUUCACCUGGCUUCCGCGGAGAGCGGUACCACCUACGAUUACCUUCCACCAGGAAGGAUCUUCGGGAUGCAGGUGACGUCUCCGGAACCGGAAAACGCCGAAGUCCAAGAAGCCAGCUCAUCCUCGGACACGCAAGAGGUGUUAGUCAGCCCGGCUUCGAUCGAGAUGCUAACCAAGCUGUUCCCUAACAAGAAGAGAUCCGUUUUGGAGCUUGUGCUUAAGCGCUGCAACCAUGAUCUUCUUAAAGCCAUCGAGCAUUUCAACGUGGGUAAAAGCAAGGAUGAAGAAACGGAGCAGUUCUCCGCGUUCAAACCAGUUUCUGCUAAAGGAAAGGAAGCGAUCAAACCUCUCCACACCAACAUUUCGCUGAUGACCAGCAACAAGGUUUUCAUGCACAGCUUGUAUCCGUUUCUUCCGCUCUUCAAUCCACAACCCGUGCUGCCGAGUCCGGUCUACGUGCCAGGAUUCUGCGAGUGCGAGCAAUGCAAGCACGGCUUAUACCGCGUCGAACCGAGGAUGUAAUAAAACUUCUGCAUACUCUUCUU